AUGGGAAGAAGCAGCAGCAGCAGCAGCUUUCGGCGGAGCGGAAUCCUCCUGAUCUGCGCAAUCCUGGCGGCGCACCUCGCCAUAUCCACAUCGAAGGCCAUCGACUUCCUCCCGGCCCUCAACUCCCCCGGCGCCGGAUGCAACGGAUCCAUCGCCGAGUGUAUGGCGGCGGGCAGUGUUGGAGACGACAACGGCGACGGCGAGGAGUUCGCGAUGGAGUCGGAGUCAGCCCGCCGGAUUCUGGCGGCGAGCAGGUACAUUAGCUACGGCGCGCUGAAGCGGAACAGCGUUCCUUGCUCGAGGCGCGGCGCGUCGUACUACAAUUGCCACGCCGGAGCUCAGGCCAACCCCUACCACCGCGGCUGCAGCCACAUUACUCGCUGCCGCUACUGA